CCUGAACAAUUGACGAUGGUAAGAUUACUGACAAAGCUCCUGUUCUUUACUUUUGAAAUCAAAAAGUAAAAAAAUAAGAAAAGAGGAAAUGUAUGAAUGAAAAUCUGUUAUGAAUUAAUGAUCGCUCAGUAGUGAGUGAGAAGAAAAUCGAUCGAAUGCAAUUUACUAUAAUUUUCACGUAGAACAGUCUAUAAGUGCGAAAAGAGUACAAUACUUGAGAUGGAGAAAUAAUAAUGUGAAUAAUAUAUUGAACCGAGGUAUAGACGGAUGAUUUUUCGAAUUUUACAUGGCAGUUAAUAUCUGGCAAGAACGAUGAACGUGUUCGACAAUCAGUAUCGUACUUAUCGUAUUAUAUUGAAAAUUGUAGGACUAUGGCCAUACGACAACUCAAUCUACGUACGGAUUCAAAGAAUAUGUGUAUUAAUAUAUUUUCUUAUUGGCGUACUAGUACAGAUUUUCUCGUUUGUAAAAUCUGAAAUUUCGUUACGAAAUUGCAUCGUCACAUUUUCUACGACUUUUCCUACAUUGCUAUUUUGUUUACGAUAUAUUUAUUGUCUCACACUGUUUUCAUACGCAAAACUUUUAUUCGAUGACAUAUGUACAGAAGAACAUCUAUUACAAGAUACGACAGAAAUACAAAUACAAACGAAAUAUCUCGAUAUUUCUAGUCAUAUCAUCUACAUUUUUUGCUGGCUGAGUUUUAUUUGUGCUGCAGCGUCGUGCAUAUUUAUCGUAAAUCCUGUAAUAUUGGAUGUGAUAAUGCCUUUGAACAAAUUUCGCCUUCAUUAUAGUGUCAUAUUCCUUUCCAACGAUCGAAGAAAAUGUAUUGAUAUCUUUUUGGUAUUAAAUUCGAUCAUAAUUUUUAUAUUUGGAUUAUUAUCUUUAAUAUGUUCGGAAUUGUUCACUAAUAUUGUUAGUUAUUAUAUUUGCAGACAAUUUCAUAUUGUUAGGUAAGUUACUAUUACGUUG